AUGGACCCACCUACUUUAUCUACAAUGUUUAGAAGUAAAAGUUGGUUUGGGAAUGUAUUUUGGAAACCAAAAAAUCCACAUUCCUUAGAAUACUUAAAAUAUCUUUAUCAAGUAUUGUCUAAAAACCAAGUAGUUUCAGAAAACAACAGGAGUUUAUUGGUUGAAACUUUAAGAUCAAUCGCUGAAAUUCUAAUUUGGGGUGAUCAAAAUGACAGCAGUGUAUUUGAUUUUUUUCUAGAAAAAAAUAUGUUAUCCUUUUUUUUAAAAAUCAUGAGACAAAAAUGUGGCAGCUAUGUAUGUGUACAAUUACUUCAAACACUUAAUAUUUUGUUUGAAAAUAUCAGGGAUGAAACUUCAUUAUAUUAUUUAUUGAGCAACAAUCAUGUCAACUCUAUUAUUGUACAUAAAUUUGAUUUUUCUGAUGAGGAAGUCAUGGCUUACUACAUAUCAUUUCUUAAAACUCUAUCUUUAAAAUUAAAUGCUCAUACAGUUCAUUUUUUUUAUAAUGAGCAUACAAAUGAUUUUCCACUUUACACAGAGGCAAUAAAAUUUUUUAAUCACCCCGAAUCUAUGGUUAGAAUAGCUGUUCGCACAUUAACUUUAAAUGUUUAUAGAGUGGAAGACAGGUCAAUGUUACAGUUUAUUCGAGAUAAAACUGCAGCACCAUACUAUUCAAAUCUUGCUUGGUUUAUCGGUAAACACAUUGUCGAAUUGGAUUCUUGUUUGCCUGUCAACGAUGAUUGUAAUCAUCAAAAUCAAAACAGAUUAUCAGAUCUAGUUGCAGAGCAUUUAGAUCAUUUGCAUUAUUUAAAUGAUAUAUUAUCACUUGAUAUUUGCGAUUUAAAUCAAGUUUUAACGGAUCAUCUGCUCAACAAAUUACUUAUUCCAUUGUACAUCAACUCAUUAACUAAAAACACUACACCUGUGUUACCUGGCCAGAGCAGUGAUGAAAUUAAUCCUAAUUCGAAUUCACAAAAUCUCGCCAACCGUCCAUUUCUAGAAGCCAUUAUAAAUAGUCUUCAGUGUCAGGAAAACGAUUAUUCGGCCUUGUUUGCUCUUUGUCUAUUGUAUGCAAUGUGUAAUAAUAGUGGAGUCAGCAAAGAAACAUUAAAAAAAGUUUUCUUUUUAUCGGAAAAUAACGAUAACAAUAAUUGGAUUAGAACGACAUUUAUUGAAAAACUAAUUAAAAUUAUUACUAGUAGUUGCCAAAGCGACAGCAAAAUUAGAAUAUGUACUUUGGAAUUGGGUUUAAAAUUACUUUUACAAUUGUCUAUUGUUAGCAAUUCAACAGUUUUAAGUGAUGCUCACUUGGCUGCAAUUGUUGGGGCUAAAGAGGAAAGUACCUCACUUUUAAGAAGUUUUUACAAAAGCGAAGACAUUUUUUUAGACAUGUUCGAAGAUGAAUACAAUGAAUUGAAAAAAAAACCUCUUAACGUUGAGUUUUUAUUAAUGGAUUCCAACAUACUUUUACCACCUACUGGAACUCCGUUAACCGGUAUUGAAUUUAGUAAAAGACUUCCUUGCGGAGAGGUCGAAAAAACUCGUCGUGCCAUGAGAGUGUUUUUUCUUAUAAGGCAAUUAUGUUUAUCUUUAGAAAUAGAAAAAGAUAAUAAUAUUUUACCCUUGAAUCCGCAGUCUUGUGUCGACAUAGAUUCGGUGUUAGAUUUAAAUAAUUCCGAUCUUGUUGCUUGCUCCGUAAUUUUAAAAGAAGGAGGAAAAUUAAAAAGAUUUUUAGUUAUAGAGUCUAUUCAAUUUAUUUUAGUAGAGCCAGAUAUAGAAAAAAUUGGAUGGGGGGUAGCUAAAUUCGUAGGAUUUUUACAAGAUAUUGAAGUUGUAGGAGAUAAAGAUGAUCCUAGAUGUUUGCACAUCACCGUUCACAGACCGUCUUUUUCAAGUGGUAAUAGCAGAGUUCCACUUUUAUCUGCAAAAUUUAUUUUUGAUGAUCAAAUUAGAUGCAUGGCCGCAAAUCAAGCAUUAAGCAAGGGAAGAAUGAAAGCCAGGCAAAAAAAAAUGCAUUCAAUUGCCAGAUUAUUAGAUAUUCCUUUAAGUGGUCAAUCGACGCCUUCUUCAUCAGUAUUUAAUAUGAUUAGAUCUAGAGAUGGAUCUGCAAGUAAAUCAAGUAGAGAACACAGAUCAUUGUUUUCUUCUUCUCAUCAUCGAGUUCCUGGCUACGCAGCUUUAAGAAGAGACGUUCCCGGGAAAACAGUUCUUCAAUCCGAAAUUCAAAACGAAAGGAUUAAUACUAGGGCUACGAGUUCUGCUGUUUCCCUUGAAAAUAAAUCUUCCAGUUCGUUAAGAUCAAGAGAUACGUCUUCUUCCAGAGUGCACGCUAGUACGGGAGCAAGAUCAAGGGAUUAUUCAACGGGAUCUAGAUCUCAUUCGAGGCAGAGGGAAUCCGGAGGAAGUCCAAGACGUAAUAGUGGCAGUCCUCGGUUGCCUCGGCCGCGAAGCGAGGAAAUCCCUUUAGAAGACAUGAAAUUAAAGCAAAAACGUGAAAAUAUAUUAAUAUCAAAUGCUUCUCAUGGGAAAUUUCAAACACCGCCUUUAACUCCCCCCAUACCCACAAUGCCUAGUCAACCGGUUGUUGUUGUUCCCGUAGAAGUGCCAAUUAAAAUUAGUACGGAAAAAAAAGAAGAAACUAGCUUUACCGAACAAAAUGGAGAUUUGUGUACCGGAGUUAAUGGUAAAAUAUUAAAAUGA